UUGCGCCACAUCCAGACAAUGGAUGCGCGAAUUCCCCCCCGAGGCGAGCGCACAUUCCGCCUACGCCAAGGGACACAACGGGAAGGAGGAAAACAUGGACCCCCUCUUGACCGAGAUUACUGCGCGUGCGCUUCACCCAGACACUGCGGGGAAAGAAACAGAUGUGCUGGAACGGAACAGUUGCGCAGUGCGCAGGUGCGAUCUGACCGCAUACAAAGGGAGAGAGCCGAAUGCAGCCGCUCUCUUCUAGACUCGGGGAGGUUGUAGCACGUAGGGACUAUAACCUCUCAGGGUUCGGAGGAUGGCGCGUUGCAUGCUGGGCGAUGUAGUCUUUGGGAUGACGCAACAUGAGUACGUGUCGCGUUACUGGGCGGAGCUCUGAAGGUGACUCGCUCAGCUAGGGGCCUAGAAGACCGUUUCCUAGUUGGUUAGCAACAGGUUCCCAAACUGCUUGAGGUCAGGAAGAGAAGGGGAGCAACGGCUAGAGCCCAGGACCUGAGCGGGCGUCGCCUUACGGCGUGAGACGCGGACCCUGCCCCUAUGCGGGAGGCCCGGGAGGAGUCCGACCUGGAACGGUAUCAGAGAAGCCUUCGAGACCGUGCUAGUAAAAGCAUCCAUCAACUGAAAUAUGCCUUGGGGGAAGAAGAUCCCGCAGUGGGAGAAAGUGAAGUUGCAUUUGAGCAGUCUUCCACAAGUAAUGAUGAGAGUGGGGAAACGGCCUGGCAGGAACUGCAACACAGUCAUGCAGUUAAUCAGCUUAAAGCUUUAUUGCGAGAGCAAGGAGGACUAGAAAGUGAAGUAUCUCCAUCAAGGAGGAGGAAGAUGUCGCCCUCAAGAACUUCAAAUGCUGCAGAUCAGAAUUUGCCAACUCUUUGUGAUCUUGUUCCGAUCAUUAAUGAUCAGUCCCAGUACAUUCAUCACUUAGAAGCUGAAGUGAAGUUUUGCAAGGAGGAGCUGUCUGGGAUGAAAGAUCGGAUACGAGUAGUUGUGCUUGAAAAUGAGAAACUCCAUGAGGAAAUGAAAUCUCUAACUGUAGAGCAGACGUUGAGAGAACAAACUCUUUUGGAUGCUUCAGCAAAUGCUCGGAACUCCUGGACUGUAGGAGGUGAUGAUUCUUAUUUAUGUCAACCUGUGAAGUCCUCUCCAUCACAUAAUAAAGAACAGGUCUUGGCCACAACAGCCACUGCAGAAACGGAAAAAUGGCAGUUAGAAUUGGAGAAACUAAAACUUCUUUAUCAAGAAAGGAUUGAUACACUUGAAGCUCAAGUACGGUCUCUAAGGAAAGACUUAUCUGAAUCUGAGAAGAAUUGUGAAGAUUUAAAAGGAAGAUUAAAGCACCAAGAUUCACUUAUUGCAACAAGUAAUUCCAACAGGGUUGGUGGUCUUUGUCUGAAAUGCGCACAACACGAGGCUGUUCUUUCUCAGACUCAUUCCAGUGUCCACAUGCAGACCAUUGAAAGGUUAACAAAAGAAAGAGAUGACUUAAUGGGUGCACUUGUUUCAGUAAGAAGGAACCUGAGUGAGAUGCAGCAAAGGGAAUCUAGUGCUUAUGAACAAGUGAAACAAGCUGUGCAAAUGACAGAAGAAGCCAAUUUAGAAAAAAUGAAGGCUCUAGUCCAGUGUGAACAGCUGAAAAGUGAGAUGGAAAGACAGAAGGAUCGCCUUGAAAGGGAGCUAAUUGCCCAGCUAGAUAAGAGGGCUGGUGAAAAAGAAGCCCUGCGAGGAGAAAUGAAGAAAGAAAGGGAGGACUUGGCAUCAACGGUGAUGGUUUUGUCUCAGAAUGUGGCGACACUGGAGGCUCGGUUAGAGAGAAUUACAAGAGAGAAGAACUCAAUAGCUAACCAGCUAGAGGAAGCCCAAAACCAACUUGCCUCUCAGGAGAUGGAAGUUAAUAAGGUGUGUGGAGAAAUGCGUUUUCAGUUGAAUCAAACCAAAAUCAAGAAGGAUGAGGCAGAAAAGAAGCACAGAGAGUACAGAACAAAAACUAUAAGGGAGCUUGAAAUUAAGGACCAGGAAAUAGAGAAAUUGGGAUUAGAGCUGAAUGAAAACAAACUGCGUUUGGAACAAGCACAGCAGGAUGCAGCAAGAGCCAAAGACGAGUGCCUAAAACUGACAGAACUGCUGGGUAAAUCUGAGCACCAACUGCACCUCACCAGAUUGGAGAAAGAAAGUAUUCAGCACAGUCUUAGCAAUGAAGCAAAGACUCGAGCCCUUCAGGCGGAGCAAAGAGAGCAGGAGCUGACACAGAAGAUGCAGCAAAUGGAGGCCCAGCAUGAUAAAACUGUGAAUGAACUGGAUUCUUUGCUGACCUCCCAGAAUACAUUCAUAGCAAAAUUAAAGGAGGAAUGUUGUACAUUGGCAAGGAAGCUGGAACAUGUAACAGAAAAAAACAGAUCUGAAGUCAGCCAGCUUAGUCAGGAAAAUGAGUAUGUUAAUGACAGACUGGAGAAGAUGCAGAAAAGAAAUGAUGAAUUGGAAGAACAGUGUAUCCAGCAUGGGAGAAUGCAUGAGAGAAUGAAGCUGAGGUUAUACCAGCUUGACAAGCAUUGCCAAACCACUGCCCAGCAGCUAGUGGAGUUACUCAACAAACAGAAUCAGCUCUUCAGAGAGAGGCAGAUGCUAACAGAGGAGGUGCAGUUCCUGCGAACACAGUUACCCUGUGUACCAGUCUGAAUGCUGACUUGGUUGAAGCUGACCCAAAGCAAUGUUUCAAGUGAAAAAACUCUUGCUGGUUCAGUUCAGUUGAUUUACUUUAGCUGUUUCACACAUAGCAUUUAAAUCAUUAAACCUUUUUGAAUGCGAACACCUUUCCAAAGUUUGAAAUAAGACUUCCAGCAUGCGAGUUUUCCCAAGUUCUUCCUGUGAAGUGGUUAGGCUCAAGAUCAAGUUAAAAUUGCAGGUGCACAGGAUGCAUUUAACAUUUAGUUUGUGUAAUUUUUAAGAAAAUAUUUUAAAUGUAUUUUGUAACUUAUUCCAGCAGGUGUGUCUUGUUACAUAUGUAAAUACCAAUAAACUUACCUUGAUUUUU